CUCCACUAAAUAAUUUCCAGUAAAAAGGUGGUUCAUCGUUUGAAAAACAGAAGAUUUCAUCGCCUCACGAUGACACUCCUAUAUGGUAGUACAAAAAAAUUAUGAAAAAUGGUGGAGCGUGCUUGGUGAAUGGUGAAUAAGAGAAUCACUCUGUAUAUUAGGUAUGCAUUGCCAGGACCAUAUUAAGCAAACAUAUUAAUUGAAAAAACAUAAAAGUCUGUUUCCUGGUACCUAUUUGAACGGAUGAGUACAGCUAUGUAGUUCAGUAUUAUAUACCUGUUAAACGUUAUAACUUAUAGCUUUAUAAGUAUAGCCGUUUAGGUUUUUGGCGAUAGAGUCGACGAUGAGAUGAAAAAAUAUUAAUAUUUAGUAAAUUAUAAAAUCGUUCGAGUGGCGUCCGUAUUUUCGAUGGAUUUAAUCUACAUGCAAUACUGGGCAUGUAAACUAAUUAAUAACUCGUCAAUAUAGAAAAAUAUUCAUCGAGGUGAACCUCGUUUAUAGAUUAAACACCAGAUCCCUACAGGGCAAUGGCACCACUUCAUAUACCGAAAAAAAAACCAUUGUAUGUACCUCCACAAGGUGUCCGCUGUCAAAAGUGCCUGGAAUUCGGUCAUUGGACUUUCGAGUGUAAGGGAAAGAGAAAAUUUGCUGACCGUCCGACUCGCACGACGUUGCUCAAGAGGAAUUUGAACAAGGACAGGCCCGCAAGUAUGAUCUUAUCCAAGCCCUCAAAAGAGGAAAAAUCGAAGAAAAAACUGAAAGACGCGAAACGGAAAAAGAAAAAUGUAAACUCUUCAGACUCAGAAAGCGACAGUGACGGUUCUUCCAGCAGCGACAGCAGUGGCAGCAACAGCAGCAGCAGCAGCAGCAGCAGCAGUAGCAGCAGCAGCAGCGACGAUAGCGACAGUGGCAGCAGUAGCAGCAGCAGCAGCAGCAGCAGUAGCAGCGACGGAAGCAGUAGCAGCAGAGACAACAGCAUGAAGAAAAGCAAAUCUGGAAAGAAGAAAUAAACUUUAAACUUGCAGCCAAUACUACCUUUACAAUGUGAUGUAUGCCUAAUGUGUGGUAUGUACACACCACCGUUUACUAUAUGCAUAUAAUAUUUUUUUGUACUAUAUGACGUUUUGUACUUGUGAUUACGAUAAAAAAUUAAAUGACUUUUUCAAAACGAAA